CAGUACUUCAUGUGUUUUAAUUUCUUCUAUACAUCAUAAGAACCCUAAAAACUCAUUGAUCUGAAGCCAAAGUGAAAAUCAAAGAAAGAUGGACAGGCUCAUAAGUUUGGAGCCAUCAAACUUCGUUGCAAUAAGGAUCGAACCGGGACAGAAAUGUUAUGGCCAGCUCACUUUACGCAACGUUAUGUACACUAUGCCGGUAGCCUUCAGGCUCCAACCGCUGAUCAAGAAUCGUUACACGGUGAAGCCUCAGUCCGGGAUCAUAUCUCCUCUCGAGAAGUUGACCGUAGAGAUUGUUUAUCACCUUCCACCGGGGUCCAGCCUCCCCGACUCCUUCCCUUACUGCAAUGACUCCUUCCUUUUGCAUAGCGUGGUUGUGCCCGGAGCAGCGAUCAAAGACUCUUCUUCGACAUUUGAUGCUGUCCCAAACAACUGGUUCACCACAAAGAAGAAACAAGUGUUCAUAGAUAGUGGUGUCAAGAUUAUGUUUGUUGGUUCACCUAUUUUGGCACAACUUGUGUCCGAUGGUUUGAUGGAUGAUAUUCGAGAAGUGCUUGAGAAGAGUGAAACUUCAUGGAGAGCUGCCGAUUUCGUGGAUUCUGAGGGCCAAUCUUUGCUUCACUUGGCUGUUGCUCAAGGACGGCCUGACCUAGUCCAGCUGCUUCUUGAAUUUGAGCCUGACGUGGAGGCUCAAAGCCGAUCGGGGUCUACCCCACUAGAGGCUGCAGCCUCAAAAGGAGAAGCCUUGAUAGUCGAACUUCUAUUGGCCCGACGUGCCAGCACUGAACGAUCUGAGUCCUCCACUUGGGGCCCCAUUCACCUUGCUGCCGGAGGAGGCCACGUAGAGGUUCUGAGGCUUCUUAUAAUCAAGGGGGCUAAUGUUGAUGCGCUAACUAAAGAUGGUAGCACAGCUUUACACCUUGCGGUGGAGGAGCGAAGAAGGGACUGCGCAAGGCUCUUAUUGGCGAGCGGGGCAAAAGCUGAAGUUCGUGAUUGUAGAGAUGGUGACACGCCUUUGCAUAUCGCAGCUAGCAUGGGGGACGAGUACAUGGUGAAGCUGUUGCUGCAAAAGGGUGCCAAUAAAGAUAUCAGAAACUUUGCCGGCCUAACGGCCUUUGAUGUUGCGUCGGAGAAUGGACACACGAGACUAUUUGAUGCUCUUCGACUUGGUGAUAGCUUGUGUAUCGCGGCGAGGAAAGGAGAGGUGAGAACAAUUGUAAGGCUGCUUGAGACAGGUGCGACGAUCAAUGGAAGAGACCAACAUGGGUGGACUGCUCUCCAUAGGGCAUGUUUCAAAGGGAACAUUGAAGUCGUUCGAACGCUGCUCGAAAAGGGUGUGGAUGUGGAUGCUAAAGAUGAGGAUGGAUACACCGCGUUGCACUGUGCAGUAGAGUCAGGACAUGCGGAUGUGAUUGAGAUGUUGGUAAAGAAAGGAGCUGAUGCUGAAGCUCGAACUAACAAAGGUGUGACCGCACUGAAGAUUGCUGAGUCUUUGCACUAUGCUGGGAUUACUAGGAUACUUAUUUAUGGAGGUGCAACAAAAGACAAUAGUAAUAUGGCACGUAUCUCAACCCAAGCCUCAGUUGCAUUUGGGAAAAAAUCUAAGGGACUAGAGGAGGACAUCAUCAAACGAGGGAUGAAGAAGAAGAAAUCAAGUCGUGCUAGAGCUCUUCGUGGGAGCUUCGACCAUUCAAUCCCAUUGGCUGUUCUUUAGCUAGCAAAACUGGAACAUAUAUUGGUGCAUGUGUAUUUUGAAUUAGGGUUUGUCACAUUUAGAGCUCACAAUGACGUUGCUUUGGGUGAAAUUAUAGGCGGAAGAAAUUGUAGACUCUUUCGUAAUAUAUUCA